AUGACGGAAGCAGGCAGCACACGAAGAUGUAUUAGUAUUACCUUAUCAAUUACAGAAUGUGUACUGGCAGUGUCUGCCCUCAUUGAAGGUGCUUGUGAAAAUGAAGAUUUCAGGAAACCACCCCAUAGAAAACCUGAUUCCAUAGGCCAGACUGCUAUGAACAGAACUGCUAUGAACAUUUGUGUACGAGUCUUUGCUGUGAACAUUUGCUUACGCUACUACUCAGAUAAACAUCUGGGGCUGGAAUGGCGAGGUCGUAUGGACUCUUGUGAUGAUCUCCGAGUGCGCUCUGGGGCACAGAGGAGGGUGCCACUGGAAUCAUCUUCCUCCUUGAUGCCACCAUCCUUUUCUCCUGUUUUACUCACAGUACCAGAUAGUAUUACUAACUUUUCCCUUCCCCCAAUGUCUUACAUCACUUCCCAAGAGAUGAAGUGUAUUCUUCCCUGGUUUGCCGGUUGGUCAAGUCCCCAGCGUGAAUGUUUCCUACAGGACCUGGUAGCUAAGGCAGUACCAGGAAAAUUACAACCACUACUGGAUGGUCUGGAGCAGCUUAGUGUGUCUGGGGCAAACCGACCACCUUGUAUCUUUGAGUGCCAGCUACGCCUUUGGGAUCAGUGGUUUCAAGGUUGGGCUGAGCAGGAGCGCAAUGAAUUUAUUAGGCACUUGGAGAUCAGUGAGCCAGACUUCGUGGCAAAAUUUUACCAAGCAGUGGCUGCAACAGCUGGCAAGGACUGACAGGCAUUCAGAUCAAAGAAGAUAACCACAGAUGAUGGAGUCAAGGCUGUGACUCUACAGCGAGAACUUAAUUCACAUGUGUCACAUAAAAGUCUGGGAGUGGUAUUCAGAUCAAUUGAAUGAACUUGCCUGACCAGCACAGCCAUGGUCAUCUCGGCAUUAAUAACGUGUCAGUGGGACUCCAUCUAAGUGUAAAUGUUAUUCAUCUAAGCAAAUACAGAUCAUCAGUCUGUCUUCUAGUUUGCUUCUUUCCAAGAGAUGCCAAACUCUCUAGAAUUUGAUUACUUAUUUUGGAACUGUACCCAAAGGA